CUACUUCAAUAUUUUAAUUCUGUUUUUAUUAAAAUGUCAUUUGUGACAUUUGAACAAUAACAAAAGUUUAUAACUUACGAAUUGAUCAAUAUAAACUGAAAUUAACAGUAUUCAUUUAAUAUCACUGUGAAUAAUUGUAAAAAUUAGUUGAAAUGUCUUCAUCACAUUUAUCAGGCGGACGGCUAAAUAUUGGUUUGCUCCAAGAGCAAGCCAGAAAGCAAUUGUUAUGUUUAAUUGAAAAAUGUGAUGGCCCAAAAGCUAUCGUUUGGGAUCAGUCAUUGGCUGGACCAGUUGGUCUGAUUGCUAGAUAUAAUUUAUUAGAAGAAUAUGGAGUCGUUAAAAUGUACGAGUUGAUUGGUGGACAACUUCCGCUCACAAACGUUACGAAUAUAAUAUUUAUAGUCCGACCACAUUUAGAUCUAAUUGAUUUAAUUGCGGAAAACGUUCAUGGAGAACAAAAUCGUUCCGCAAAAGAAUUUCAUUUAUUUUUUGUUCCUCGUAAAAGCUUGCUGUGCAAGAAAAAGUUAGAAAAUCGCGGAGUUCUUGGUAGUUUUACUUUAAUUGAAGAGUUUGUUUGUGAUUUAUUUCCCUUUGAUAAUGACUUGAUAUCAAUGGAAUUGAAUGAAACCUUCAAAGAAUUUCAUUUAGAAAAUGACCCAACUUGCUUGUAUCAAGUAGCACUUGCCAUUCAAAGACUGCAAAAACUUUACGGUAAAAUAUCGAAAAUUUCGGGACGUGGUCCAGCCGCUAGUAAAGUAUGGAACUUAUUGAAAAGAUUAAAUCGAGAAGAAGAAGAAGAAGAUAUCAGUUCUUAUCGAGGCAUCAAUACUGCUGUAAAAAUAGAUCAGUUACUUUUGAUUGAUCGAAGUGUUGAUCUUCUUUCUCCUCUUGUUACUCAACUGACUUAUGAGGGAUUGAUUGAUGAAAUAUACAACAUUCAUUGCACUACUAUCAAAUUACCGGCCAAAAAAUUUCAUGACUCAGAAAACUCUCCUACUGUUAUGUCAAUUGACAAAAAAGAACAAAUUAUACUGAAUUCGGGAGAAGAAUUAUUUGCUGAAAUCAGAGAUCGAAAUUUCAAUGGAGUUGGCCCUAUUUUAAGUCAAAAAGCUAAAAUUAUAUCAUCUCAAUUUGAUGAAAGACAUGGAGAUAAAAGCGUACAAGAAAUUAAACAAUUUGUUGCUCGGUUACCAUACAUGCUUGCAACGAAACAAUCUUUAGCACGUCAUACGACCAUAGCUGAAAUGAUUAAAGAAGUAACAGACUCUGAUGAUUUUCUUGAGCGCCUUCAAGUAGAACAAGAAUUACUAAAUUGUAUUGAUACUGACAAACCAAAUUCAUACAUCGAAGAUUGUAUAUCACAGAAAAAACCUUUACUAACAGUUCUCAGGCUUAUUUGUAUUCAAUCUUUAACUAAUUCUGGUUUAAAACCAAAACUUCUUGAUUAUUAUAAAAGAGAAAUCGUUCAGACGUAUGGUUAUCAGCAUAUUUUGACGUUAUCUAAUCUCGAAAAAGCAAAUUUACUGCGUGUUCAACAGUCUAAUAGGCAGUAUGCAGUUUUAAGAAAAGCUUUAAGACUCACAGUUGAAGAUGAGAGUGAAGUCGCACCAAAAGAUAUUAGUUAUGUGCAUUCAGUGUAUGCGCCUCUAAGUAUACGAUUAACAGAACGUUUAAUCCAACCGGGUGGAUGGCAAGGUUUAAAUGAUAUUUUAGGUUUAUUACCUGGCCCAUCGAUAAAUAAUGAUUCACAAGGGAAAAUACCUAAUCUCAGACGGCAAUCGAUCACUAGUGAAGAUUCUAAUUCAGAACCAUCCCGGCUCGUUUUGGUAUUCUUCAUUGGUGGUUGCACUUACGCUGAAAUAUCAGCAUUAAGAUUUUUAUCUCAGCAAGAAGAUCUUAACGUUGAAUUUAUUGUUGGAACCACGAAACUAAUAAAUGGAGAUAGUUUCCUUAUGUCUCUAACUGAUAAUCAACAAAAGCCAAAAAAAUAAAUAAUUGGAGGAGAAAAAAAAGUAUUUGUAUUAUUUGAAACAUUAUACAAUUGCUGUGUUAGUAAGUCUUGAAAGCAAAACUUUAUAAUAGUAUGGUUACUUUUUUUUAGUAUAUAUAUGUAUAAAUUACGAAUUGCCGAAUUGCAGUAAAAAAUUAAGGAAUU